CUUCCUUCAUCUUGAGAUCGAAUCGAUGUAGCGAGCAAUUGGUGCACGUUGCGCAAUGGCUCUCAACUUCAGCAGCAAGCAGCGACACGGCCAAUACCAUGACGAGAAAGCGCAAAGUACCGGACGAGUGAACACCUUUGGCCAGGUCGCGAUAAAGUUCCACAGAAACACGACACAAUUGAAGUACUGGUUCGACAAGCUCCAAAAUGACGCUUCUGCGUGCCGGCCAGCGCAAUGUGCAAGACCGCGAAGAGGGAGUACAGCGCUCGUCGACGAAUUUAUCAACGAGAAGACGGAUAGUACCCCAAGACCGCGAUUGAACAUUGCGAUACACAUCUGUGGUUCUCGAGGAGAUGUGCAGCCCUUCAUACCUAUUGCGAAGUUGCUUCAGGCACCACCACAUGGCCAUCGGGUGCGAAUUUGCACACAUCCGGCCUUCAAAGACUUCGUUGAAAGCAACGGUAUCGAGUUCUUCUCAAUCGGCGGAGAUCCUGAAGCGUUGAUGGCCUACAUGGUGAAGAAUCCUGGGCUGCUGCCAAACAUGCAGUCAGUCAAAGCUGGAGACAUUGGCAAACGGCGAAAAGAGAUGGCCGGGAUGAUCGAAGGAACCUGGAGAAGCUGUAUUGAGGCCGGUAAUGGUACGGGCGAGAAGAUCCCAGCGCUGAACGUAGACGCGCCAGAAGAUUUGUUCAUCGCCGACGCCAUUAUCGCAAACCCUCCCUCAAUGGGUCACAUUCACUGCGCGGAGAAGCUCGGUAUUCCUCUGCAUAUCAUCUUCACAAUGCCGUGGUCGCCAACGAGGGCCUUUCAUCAUCCUUUGGCAGCCAUGGAGUAUGGUGAGGUCGAGAAAUCAGUAGCCAACUACUUCAGCUUUGGUAUCAUGGAGCUGUUGACAUGGCAAGGCCUCGGAGAUAUCAUCAACAAGUUUCGGACGCAGACCUUGAAGCUCGAUGCAAUCAGUCCGCUGUGGGGCCAUCAACUGAUACCACGGCUCCGCGUGCCCUAUAGCUACCUCUGGUCGCAAGCUCUGAUCCCACGACCACCUGACUGGGGUCCGCACAUCAGUAUCACCGGAUUCUCGUUCUUGAAAGCUGGCUUAGAUUACACUCCGCCUCAGGACCUGGCCGACUUUCUCGCCUCAGGACCGCCUCCAGUGUACAUCGGUUUUGGUAGCAUCGUGGUCGAUGAUCCGGUGGGCCUCACCAAGCUCAUCUUUGAAGCUGUGAAGUUGGCGAAAGUACGAGCGAUUGUGUCUAAAGGUUGGGGAGGCGUUGGCGCAGGUGAGGUGCCUGAUGACGUGUACCUCAUAGGCAACUGUCCGCAUGACUGGCUCUUCCAGAGAGUUUCAUGUGUCAUCCACCAUGGAGGCGCUGGUACAACCGCAGCUGGCAUUGCGUUAGGAAAGCCAACUGUUGUUGUGCCCUUCUUUGGCGAUCAACCGUUUUGGGGACAGAUGAUUGCAAAGGCUGGUGCUGGCCCGGUGCCUGUGCCAUUUAAGCAGAUGACAGCAGAGAGCCUCGCCGAAAGUAUAAUGUUCGCACUGAAAGACGACGUAAAAGUGGCUGUACAGAAGAUGGCUGAGAGCAUAGCGGAGGAAGACGGGUCAGGGGGCACAGUGCGAGACUUUGAGCAAAAGCUUGGGCUUGAUGGGAUGCGGUGCCAUCUCUGUCCAGAACGCCUGGCGAUCUGGCGAGACAAGCAGACUGGAGCACACUUGAGUGGCUUUGCGGGGUCUGUGCUUGCCCAGCAGCGGCUGUUGGAUCCCAAGCAUCUGCGCUUACUGCGACACAGACAUUGGUAUACACACGAAGGAGCGGAAGGACCAUUUGUAGGUGCCGUGGCUGCAUUCGGUGGUCUUAUGGCCUCCAUUGGUACAGACACGACCGAUUAUUCACACAGGCUCAAGAAGCGGCCACAUAAUGCGGAUAUUGAGACCUUGUCACGAGUCGUCUCGAAUGGUGAACCGGAAGAAAUUGACCCAGAAAAAGGCCUUACGUCAAAGCACUUCCACCACUUGGCGUACAGGAUGGCCGUGAAGUCGUAUGAAGAAGACCCAAGGCGAAACUUCAGUAAACCACGGAGUCAUCCUGGUCUCACAGCCAUCAGAAACAAAGUAGCCGCGAAGAAGGCGAAAGGCGGUCGAGGCUACCAGAUCACAAGCGCUACUGCGCAUUAUGUUUGUGAUCUUGCCGUUACAGGCGCCAAGGCUCCAGUUGCACUCUUCUACAACAUGGCGAAUGGUUUUCGGAAUCUGCCCUCUUAUGCCAUUCGCAAUGAUCCAGCAAGGCGAAGAGACGAGAUAACAAGUUUGGGUAGUGGAUGCAAACUCGCGGGAAAGGAAUUUUUCCUGGGGUUCGGUGACGCCUUUCAAGGUAUCGUAAGACAUCCAUAUCUUGGUGCGAAACAAGAAGGCCUAGUUGGAUUUGGCAAGGGCAUUGGUAGAGGUGUCGGUGGGUUCUACUUCCACUCGAUGGCAGCGAUCUUCGGCCUGCCUGGAUAUUUUCUGAAAGGAGUUGAAAAGGAACUUUUGCGAAGACACCUCACCACUCUACAAGCAGAGAUCUUCCUGAUACAAUUGCGUCGAUCAUCACUUGACUUUCGACAAGCAACAGAAGCCGAGAAGGUGGAGGUAGUCGAGCAGUGGAAAGAACUCAAAGCCAGCAUAGCAAAACAUUAGCCUGGCGUAAUUUUGACGGGGAUCUGCUGUUGGUAGAGGAUACAAUAAUAAUGAG